CGCACUGCCAUCACUCCUCCUCACUGCGCAGGAUGUCCUUCACCGGCAAGUACGAGAUCGAGAGCCAGGAGAACUACGACGAGUUCCUCAAGCUGGUCGGCCUUCCCGACGAUGUCAUCGAGAAGGGCCGUAACUUCAAGGUCAUCACGGAGGUGGUUCAGGAUGGCAGCACGUUCGUCUGGUCCCAGACAUACCCCAACAAGACCGUGACCAACAAGUUCGUCAUCGGCCAGGAGUGCGAGAUGGAAGCGUUAGCUGGCAAGAAGUCCAAGGUCACCGUCACCAUGGAGGGAAGCAAGUUUGUCCGUAGCUUCCCCAAAUAUCACCUCACAGCUGAGGUCUGUGGGGACAAGCUGGUGGAGUGCUCGACGGCUUCCACAGAGCAGGGCAAUGUAACCCUGAAGAGAACCAGCAAGCGGAUCUAGGAAAAGCGAUGGACCACUCCCAGCAGGCUACUUCUAGCUGAAAAUUAAAAUGCUCAAAUAGCAAAA